UAAAAACCCGCCAUAAACAAAUGUGAAAAUGUUCGUGAAAGAUUUUAGAAAGGGGUUUUAUGAUGUCGUGCAAAAUCAUAGAGUCCUGGUUCUUGUUGCCUUUGAUGUUGAUGCUCUAUGUGCGUGCAAGAUACUUCAGUGUUUGUUCCAGAGCGACCAAAUACUUUACACCAUAGUACCGGUGUCUGGACGUGAGGAGUUGGAGCGUGCAUAUGUAGAGAAUUCUGAAGGGAUCAAGCAUGUAUUGAUGAUCAACUGUGGGGGGACGAUAGAUGUGGUAGAGACCCUACAGCCUGAGGAAUGUGUCCGCUUCUACAUCUGUGACAGUCACCGUCCAGUCGACAUACACAACAUAUAUAAUGCUGUCCAAGUCAAACUGUUGAUGAAGGAGGAUGAGUUUGAAGAGCUUCCAGAGUAUGACCAAGUCUUCAGAGAUGAGUCUGACGAUGAAUCUGGUAACGAGAGUGAUGACUCCGAGAAGUCUGGGAAGAGAAGAAGGUAUGAUGAUGACUACCUGGAAAGAAAACGACAGAAGCGAUUAUGGAACGAGGAAAGGUCCAAGUUGUUAUUUGAAUAUUCUCAAUUUUCUACCUAUGGAACAGCAGCAGCCUUGCUUAUAUUUGAAUUGGCCUGGAAAAUGUCCAAAGACACCAAUGACCUUUUAUGGUUGUCUAUCUUGGGAGUGACUGACCAGUACAUUCAUUACAAAACACCAAGGGACAAAUACAUAGAUGAUGUGAUGGCUCUACAGUCCCAUGUGUCUCGCCACAACCACAGAGAUGACGAAGACAACAUCCUAUCUGUGAACUGUCUCAAGAUCUCCUUUGACGAAGAGCUCCAGCUACCGUUGUAUCGACACUGGUCGUUGUUCGAAAGCAUCUGUCACUCAACCAACAUGGCCUGCAAGUUCAAGGUCUGGACGCUCAAAGGACAGAAACGACUGCAUGAAUUUCUAGCAGAAAUGGGGAUGCCUCUUACACAGUGUAAACAGAAGUAUGCUGCAAUGGAUUCCAGUGUGAGGAAUAAUGUGAAACCCCUGAUCCAGGACCACAUGGCCAAAUAUGGGCUGGUGCCUCAAGAUGUAGUGUUUCCCUCCUUCUUUGCCCAGUACGGAUACAAAAACAAGCUCUGUGCCACAGAUGUUGUCCUUGGGUGUGUGUCCACACUGGAGUCUAUUGAAAAGGGAAAGAGUCCGACCGACCAUUUCCUAAAUGCACUGGAUGUCUUACAGAGGGGAAAUGUGAUUGCCAUGGAGAAGUCUCUAGUUUGUGCCAAGACUCAGGUACAGGCUCUCGUCACACAGGUCCGCACCUUCCUGGACAUGCACCAAGUGAUCUCCGCUGGACCCUUCCUCUAUGCCUUCAUACAAGAGGGUACAGCAGAUGUGAAGUAUUUCUCCACGCCCCAGUGUCUGAUGAGGCUGGCCCGGUUUACACAGGAGGCUCACUGCUCGGUGAGUCGUAACAAGCGAGCCCGGUCGAUGCCGCUUGUGUUGGGAGCCCCUUUAGACAGUGAACAGGGUACAACUCUUGUGAUUGGUAUCCCACCCCUACAGCUCGAUGACGAGAGGAAAAACUUCUUUGGGAAAGCGUUUGAACAAGCAGCCGUGGGUUCCAAUGCUCGAACUUUACUGGACAGCUUUGACACUUUUAUUGUGGAAAUGAAGACAGAAGACAAGAGCAAGUUCUUUGAUGCCCUGAUUAGUUUACUGCAGUAACUCAUCUUAAUGAGGAAUGGCUGUGGGUGGUUGGUAGUGUGUUAAACACAGAACUUGUCUGAACUUGUUAACUGUGAUGUUUAAAAGUAACUGACUGACAUGGCCUGUACGGUGAACGAGGUUCAGUAAAACUUGAGUCAGGUUUUAUUUUGUACUUCUGUACAAAAUUUGUGUUCUCAUGGAUUUCUGUUACAGCGCAUUUGUACAUGUACUGUCAGCAUGCAUAUUUUAGCACAUAUUUCUACAAAUUGGUGACAGGUUUCAUCAGACACACAUAAUUUAUUAACUACAACUAUAUCUAAGCAUGAAGGAAAAAAGUUUAUUCAUAAUUAAGUGCUUAAGAGUUAGUAUGGAAGAUGCAAAAUUAUUAGUAUUGCUAUAAUAUGCCUGUUUAUGGUAGAAUGGUGUCAUGUGCUAUGUAACGGUAGGGUAACUACUUGUGGUAUACGUAUACCAUCCAACAGCCAGCUGCUAGUCAGGGUCCGUACUAAUACUGACAGGACUGUGAUAAUACAUACAUGUUACACCAAAUCCUUCGUGGCCGGUGGAGGAUCUGUCUCAUACCAGCCUGCCAUCAGAUAAUUUGGGUGACAACUAUGGAUUUUGAAACAUGAGUAAUUUGCAUCAAAUUAUAAUUCAUAAAAUCUGUAAUUGAAUUUGAAGACAUGGGAUUGAGUGUAUCCCCAAAUAACAUUAUCUGUACUAUAUGUAUUAUGUAAAAUGAAAUGGAUGUAUUAUUUUUGUAAAGUGUAUGUUUGUUCAACAUUUAGUAAUUUCAAUGUAUUUCAUAAAUUUGUGUACUGAAAAUAUAAUCUUAAGUGCUGGCUUAAAUUUUAAGAUUAUUUGCAAAUAUUUUGUUUUUCUAUAAAAUCCAUAAAAUUGUGUUAAAAUUUAAGAAUUUUGGGGUGUUGUGAAAAUUUGGGUACAAGUCAACAAAAAUAGUCAAUAAUAAUAAUCAUUUUGAAAACACCAGUAAUGCUGCAACACCAUAUGUCUCUAUAUCUAUUGGGUGUAAUUAAUAUAGAUCCUGUGAUUUGACAUGAUUUUGCUUGUUUCCAAAAUAUUUAUAUAUAUAUAUAUAAUAUAUAAAACAAUCUUUUACCUUUGAAAACAAUGCAGACUUUUUAUAAAGGCUCACAAAAGUUGGAAAACAUAUCUUCACUUUGUAGCAUUUAACAUCUGAUUCCAUAGAGAAAGGUUUCCUCUGUUUAGUGUUCACAUUCAGGUAACGUCAUGCUACCACAAUUGGUACAUUUGUGAUGGUUUUUCAGUGUUAUUUAAAAACCCAGAUGUUAUAUCAGGAAUGUUUCUUGAUUCUUGAUAAAGACUACCCAUAGUGGUUCAUGUUCAUGAAAAGUUUUGAGUCAAAGUUAUUUGUUUUUAAAAUAUAACGCUAAACUCUCAGUGAGAUUUUAUCCAUUUUUUCGGCCAUGAUUAGUAACCAAAUUGGUACACCAUAUCACAGGCUCUGAAUCUGUUUAUAAUUCUACUAGUUGAUGUGCUGAUUGCAACAUUAAGUAAAUAAAGCACCACUAGAUGAGGACGUCAGGUUGUGUUGUGAUUGCAACUCAAUGUUCAUAAGUCUUAGAUUUAUGCAAUCACCCAGCAGACGUACUCGAAGGUAUCCACACCUAGACGAAAAAUCUGUUACAACACCGCAAAGAAGCAAGGCGUUGGCUCCUCUCCCCUAUUCUGAAACUAUAUUGUUUUUAUAAAUAUAUACACUUUGAUAUUAUCCUGUUACAAGGACCAGAAAUCAACCCUCAAAUAUUCUUAUAAUUAACUCCUUCAAAAUCCUCCAAACUUUUGUCAACAUGCAUCAUUAUUUAUGGUUUUCUGAUAUGUUUAUUUUGAAGUCAUCGUGUACUCUUAAAAUGUUGCUGUAAACAACUCAUUUGGUGGAUAUACUGAUAUAUAUCUCUAUUGUUUUACCAUCAGAGGAAAAUACACAAAUUUUAUUUUAAAGUACUAUUAGAACCACUAUUUGACCAUGUACCAAUUUGGGUAGUGUACCAGUUUGGGUAGCUUGAUAUAUAACUCACAGUUGCCAGCGUCAUACCAUUAGUCAUCGACUACUAUUGAAAAAUAUAUAGUAUAUCAUUUUCAUCUUACAAAUGACACAGGACAUUUAAAAUUCUUGUUUUAAGCUUUGAAUAUGUAAUACAAUGUAAAUAGAAAAUCUAAUAGACUUACUCUUUGAAUACUACUUAUAGUUUAUUCAUAUAACAGAUACAGUAAAACUUUGUUAUACUGCCACUGUAUGUCCAGAGAAAUUGUGGCGUUAUGUGGGGUUUGGCGACAAAUUGAGGAAAUUUGUAAAGGAAUUCCUAAGAAAAAGAGAAAAAAGGGACAUUGAAAUAUGUGGGAAAUCUAACGAAGGGUAUUAUAUCGAGGUUUUACUGUACUUGUACAUGUACUGAUAUAUAUUGGUACACUGCAAUACUUGAGGAGAAACGAUUGUGAAAUAUUGGUAGUUUUUAACAGGAAACCAUGAUUAAAUAUCUUCUGUAUAUUACAUUGUUAUAUAGUCUAUCAUGAAAUGUGUUGUGUGUCCUGCCAUUUACCGGAAACUUUUACUGUACAUAAUUUGUUUUAUCAGCAUUGUUUCUCUGUACAAUGUAUUAAAACUAUAUAUGGUCAUUGGAAUUUUAAUUACCCACACAGGGAAACAAAAUAAACAUGAAUGUUAGGCAAUUUUCAUGUUAAUAUGGAUUCAAGUCUGGAUAUUUUGACUUUGAUUUAUUCUUGACAUGUAUUUCCAUGUAUGAUUGUCUAUGGUACAUCUGUAAUUAAUCAAUGACAAUUGUUUCAUCACUGACAUGGUACAAUGAAUAAUAAUCAAGGAUGAAGUUUUCCUUCUGAGUCAGAUUUUUUUUUCACAAUUAAAUCCAAAUUGAUUUUAAAAUAUUUUUUUCAAACUUUUUGGCCACUCGUCUAGACAGCAAGUUUUCCUUGCCAUUAUAGUUUGAAUUUAUACUCUUUCAACCAAUGUGAUUUGACACCAUUUGUAAAUAUUAUAAUAAAUUAUUAAUGUUUUCCGUUUAUGUAUGUAUUACAUCUGACGAAGACUACCUUUCCUACAUUCUUUACUAUUUUUCCUUUCCAUUGUACAUACCUUAGAUAUUGCCAUGUGCAGUUUCUGUAUCUGUAUUUUGUGUUUGUUUUUGUUUUGCAGUAAGAAUGAGGGAUUUUACUUGUGUUAAUAAUAUAAAUAAUAGUCAAGUAAUGAAUAUCUAGGCCCAAUCGUAAAUAUCGGGGCAAAGUGUACACUGAUUAGCUUCAUAGGAAGUUAUACAAAUCUUACAUAUUUUCAAUGAUUUCCAAUUAGAAACUACAGCCACACGCAUAAAGACUUGAAAUGAUCAUCUGAAGACAGAAAGGCAAAAUUAUUUCAAAAUGUUCAAAUACCCAGUACAAGUAAAGAAAGAAAAUAGAAGAAAAUUUGUUUUGAAUUUUUUUAGUUAUGACUUGUGAAGAUAAACAAAUUUUGAUUUUUUAUUGUUAAAAAAAUAAGGUGUUUAUCAGGUCCACAUGUAGGUCACUUCUGUGGUAGUUUUAGAAAUGAGAUACUUUAUUUUAUGCAAUCAAAACUGACUGGUUGAUUGUUUGAUUGUGAUCUUGGUAAGACCUACAUUUUGUACCUUGUGCUGUUGAUGAUACCAUGUACAAACCUACAUAUAUUUAUAUAUCAAUUGUGCAAAUCAUUUUUACCUAUUAAUUGCAGAGUAUUAAAAUAAAAUGAUGAUAUUGUCAAUGUUUAUAACGGGAGCACCUCUCAGCUGGUUAAACUUGAAAAAGGCUACGGUAUGUGUUGUGUUAAUGUAACCUUUGCUCUCUUCGUCUUUUCAUUUAAGUGCUAUGUAAACAACAAGUUACUGUUUUUAACUCUCCAAUAUUGUACAACAGACAAUGUUUACAAUUUGAAGUUUUGAAUGCAGUUGUGUAAAAUAUUGUAGAUCAAAUUAUGAUAACCUCACAUGUUAUUUAUUUCAUGCAUUUGUCAUAUGUGCCUUAAAAUUUUAAUUGGUUCUAUGUUCAACAUGUAUUUAUUGGGGAAAUUUCACUGCAUACUGAUUCUCCAAAUUUCUUUGAAAUUAUCAUACAUGUAAAUAUAAAGUCAAAAUUGAUUUAUGAAAUGAAAAUAAAAGAAAUAAUUCACUAUUCCUUAAGCGUGCC